UUUUUCCAAUUUUUUAAAAGAAUAUUUAAUACUUAUUACUUAAUAGGAAUAGCAAUCAUUAGAAAACUGUCCAAACACUGAGUAUGGUAUUUAUAUUGUUUAUAAUAAUUACAGUAUAUGUAUAAAAUAGGGGUUUUGAAAAGUUUGUACGAUGGAAAAUAAUGAACAUUCAGAGCGUUUAAGCCCUAUCACUGUCCAAGAAGUAGAUGUAGAUUUUUUACCGAUUGUUUACGAAAUAAUACGAAGUGUAGAACGGGAAUUUAUCGAUAAUUCGAUUAAGGUUCAAGAAUCGCAGGGUUGCAGUCUUAAAGUAUUAGAUUUACAAAAGAAAUUGGAUUACGCACGUUCUCAGAUCAAACGAUUACCAGGUAUUGAAUUUAAUAAACAGGAUCAGUUGAAGCAAUUUGAAAUACUUCAGACUCAACUACAGCUGAAGAGAGAAUUACUUCAAAAGUAUCGUAAUAUGUGCUCAUUUGAAACCUCAUUCAAGUGAAUCACUAUGCCUCUUCGAGCAAUACUUAGAUAUUUAGCUAAUAAUGAAAGACUAGUACAGAAAAUUGCCGAAUCUUAUCCAGUGAGACGAGCUGCACAACUAGCAGUCUCAGCAUUUUUCAAAAGUAAGGAGAAGCUUU